AUGACGGGACCGUGGAUGGGAUUCUUCCAUGGGAUCCUGCUCCUCUUCUGCCUAAUACCCGCGAGUCUCGCGUCCGGAGAGCUCCAGCUGAACCAGUGGAUCGCAAUGAGAUCAAGAGCAGAACUGCCUAUCCGGAUCCUAACCCAUAACAUCCGCUACGCAACAUCCGCCCCCUUCAAGGGGGAGAAACCCUGGGCGGAACGAAAACAGCGAUUGAUCAAUGAACUGCGGUUCAAUACGCAGCAUAACCUAGAGUCAUUUAUCUGCCUUCAAGAGGUUCUCCAUGUCCAGCUGGUAGACAUCCUAUCGGGAUUGAACAAAGGUUCCCCAGCCUCUCCCGACUCGCAAUGGCAGUAUAUAGGUGUCGGAAGGGACGACGGCCACGAGAAAGGAGAAUACUCGCCCAUCUUCUAUCGCCCAGCCAUCUGGAAGCUCCGACACUGGGAGACGGUGUGGCUCUCGGAAACCCCAGAGAAACCAUCCAAAAGCUGGGACGCAGCGUCGAUUCGCAUUGUCACCAUUGGUGUUUUCACGCACCGUGCGAGUUCCAAAACGGUACUGGCACUAAAUACCCACCUUGACGACCAGGGAUCACGAUCGCGAUUCGAAGCAGCCCACAUUAUCCUCCGCAAGAUCAAUGAUUAUCUCACGGGAGAAUAUGGAGGAAGCAUAUCGGGGGUGUUCCUGUCGGGCGAUCUGAACAGCAACGAGACCCAAGAGGCCUACCAGGUGCUCACAGCCACGAAUUCGUCCCUGGUCGAUGCCCAGAAACUGGUUGAUGCCGCAGAACACUAUGGCAACGAGAAUACCUACACUGGGUUCGGGUACGAUGGAGAACCCCCCAGCCGCAUAGACUACAUCCUCCUGGGACCUGCAGACAAGCCUGGAGCCAUCAACUCUUCAGGCCAGCCGCAGAACGCAGCCAUCCCAUGGGGUCUGCAGGGUUACGCCGUCCUACCUAACCGCUUCGAUGACGGCGUCUUCAACUCUGACCACCGGGCGGUCGUGGUAGAUGUUGUGUUGACCUGA